GAUACGAAAUGAAGUCUAUCGAACGUUCCUUAAUAAAUAAUCGUUUUAUGAAUCCAAAGUGUAAAACCAUCAUUAUCUGUCACCAUCGCCGACCACCCUAGCAGGCCUCAAUUUCUUACUUCCGUUGUUCCCAUUAUCUUCCACUUGUGUUUGGAUAAGCAUUCUGCCGUUUUAAGGCAUGUCAACUUCCACUCUGUCUGUUGGUUCUCUUGAUGAAAUUACUUUUUCUGUAGAAGAUGUGCCCAGUGUUAUUGAAGAUUAUUUUUUUGAAGGCGCUGAAAAGUUGCUAGAAAUAUGGUUUGAUAAAAAUCAGGGUGGAGCCACAUCCUUGAGAAGCAUACCAUAUUCGGAAUUGGUUGCUAUGUUGGAUAUCGCGCGCUGCCAUAUUUUGCACUCUAGAAGCAGUGAGUGCAUGGAUAGCUAUGUUUUGAGCGAAAGCAGUAUGUUUGUCUCGGAUUUCCGUAUUAUUUUGAAGACAUGUGGUACAACACGGUUACUUCACACAGUAAGACGGAUUUUACAUCUCGCGAAAAUAUACUGUAACGUGGACAACGUUGUCAGUGUUUUCUACUCAAGAAAAAGUUUUAUACGUCCUGAAAGACAGCCGUUUCCACACUCUUCAUUUGAAACUGAAGUUGAUUAUCUUGAAGAACAUUUCACAGGUGGCUCCGCUUAUUGUAUCGGUCCACGGAGACAGGAUUGUUGGUUUCUAUACACAAUGGUUGCUCCACGGGCUGCUUUCCCAUUUCCGGAACAUACACUCGAAAUACUUAUGAAUGGAUUACCAGAAGAUGUUCUUAAUGUAUUCAACCCUAGCGUAAGCAAGGAUGGAAAAGAUUGUAGAAUGAAAUCUGCCAUCAAUACGAUAUUACCACCUGGUAUCAUCGUCCAUGAAGAAUUAUUCAAUCCAUGUGGUUAUAGCUUGAAUGGAUUGAUUCCACACUCAGAUCAUUACAUCAUGAUUCACGUAACACCAGAACCAGAUUUCUCUUAUGUCAGUUUCGAGACAAAUCAGAAUACGUUGAAUUUGAGUGAGCAGAUGCUGAAAGUUCUAGAAAUUUUUAGACCGAAUAAAUUUUUAUUGACCAUUUUCACCAACGACCUGUCAAAUGAAGGUAAAGAAGCGCAGAAGAACUUGUGGGAUUUGAAAAUUUGUGGAUGUCAUCGUACGAAUUUGCAGUUCCUGGAAUUGCCGACUGAAACAUUAGUAUAUGCGCAAUUCGAGCGAGCGGAAAAUAUGGAGUAGGUAACAACUGCAUUUGUAAGAGAAAGUAUUUGACCACUGAUAAAGAAAAUUAUAGUGAUGAAUAAUGAAUGUUUGAGAUUGUUCACCUUCCUCAGACCAGGUUUUUUAAUUGAUGGUUUUAUACUAUUCUUAGUGUUUUCAGCUUUUUUCCUUUUAAUAUUUCCUCUUUUUUAUUCUCUUUCUGUAAGCUCCUUGUUAAAUGCACUGUUUCUGAUAUAUUUGGUGGUAAGCCGUUCAUUUUUAUAUCUUUCUGUACUACGGUUAUUUCUAGGAAAUCUUAUUACCUUUCACUUCUGCAGCAGAA